AUGAAGUUUCUCCUGAAUGAUGGCGUAAAGUCAUCUGAAAAUCACAGAAUACUUCAGGCUCAGUAUGGCAACGAUACAUUUAGCCGCAGCAAAGCGUUUGAGUGGUGCAAGCGGUUCCGAGACGGGCAUACAUCGGUGCAGGACGAUCCCGGCCGGGGCGGCUCAGAGCCCACUGUCAGAGUUCCUGAGAACAUCUGGGAGCGCCUGAUCCUCAAGGACCGACGGAUAACAUGUCUCGAACUGGCUCUAAAGACGGACAUUUCUGUGGGAAUGCUGAACACUAUCAUUCAUGAACACCUCCAGUUUCGAAAAGUUAGUGCCCGUUGGGUCCCGAGGCAGCUCUCCGUGCUUGACCGGCUGAGAAGACUGGAAAUCUCCCAAGAGCUAAGGUACCGUUUCGACACUGAAGGACAGCCGUUCCUUGAUUGGAUCAUCACGUGCGAUGAAACGUGGGUGCACCAUUUCACUCCUGAGUCUAAACGCGCAUCAAGACAGUGGAAGCUUCCGGGCUCGCCAGCUCCCCAAGAAGUUCCGAAGCACCCCGUCGGCGGGUAA